GUAUAGAACUGCGAUGCUCUCUUAAGCCUCUUAAGCUUGCAUUUGUGUGAUUACUGUGAGAGGUUAGUACAAAUAAAUAUAAAUUAACUUAUUUUAAAUGCCUCUUAUUUUGAUAACAGGGAUUCCAUCUAGCGGAAAAUCUGCAAGGGCUUUGGAAAUAAAGUCAUACUUUGAAGACGUACGUGAAAAAACAGUGCAUCUUGUUAAUGAAAACGAUAUAAUCACUGCUUCCGGAACCCAGAAAAAUGUAAUAUUUCUAGAUGCAACGAAAGAAAAACAGGUCCGUGGACUCAUCAAGUCUGAAGCCCAAAGAUUAAUUAGUAGAGAAGACAUUGUCAUAAUUGAUGCUGGAAAUUACAUAAAAGGUUAUCGCUAUGAAUUGUACUGCAUGUCCAAGGCAAGCAAGACAACGCAAUGCACAGUUCACUGUGAAGUUACAGUUAACACAGCUUGGGAAUGGAAUAACCUGAGAGAAAAAGAGGAUGAUUGCUACACACAGGAGACAUUUGAUGCUCUGACAAUGCGCUUUGAACCACCAGACAGUAGGAACCGAUGGGAUUCUCCUCUCUUCACUGUGCUGCCUGGAAAUAAAGUUCCAGUUGAUCAAGUGCACAGUGUUUUAUUUGAGAGAAAAGCUCCCCCUCCCAACCAGUCAACGCAGUGUGCACCACUGUCAUCAACAAACUUUUUGUAUGAGAUCGACAGGAUAACACAGGAUGUUGUGACAGCCAUUUUGUCAGCACAGAAGUUGGGUUUAGAAGGUGAAGUUAAGAUCCCUGGCUACAAGGACUGUGUAUUGUUGACUAAUGGUGCCAACAUGACAGCUGCUCAACUGACACGGCUGCGAAGACAAUUCCUUGCUUACACAAAACUCCACCCGAGUAAUGACAUCAGCAAGACUGGCUUGUUGUUUGUGCAGUUCCUCAACACUAGUCUGAGAUGAAAUGAACACGGAAGAGUGAAAGCGAUAAGAGGAAAAAGAACAUUUUAUAUUUCAUUCACAUGUCACAGCCUACUUGUCUAGCACCUUUUAUUUCUAAAUUCCAGUGAUGAUGGUUUUAAUUUGAUGAUUUAUAAUUUUUCUUCUCUUAAAUAUUAAAUCAGUACACUGAUUUCCCUCACUACA